AUGGAUGGAGAAACCGGAGACGGCAAAUCUCAUGGUGAGUCGAGGAGGCAGUUGUGUGUGCGAACGGCGAGAUCCGAGACAAUCAAGCGAUCCGGCGGACAGGAGCUUGUGUCGGCGUUGGGUUUACGAUUAGCAUCUUUCUCGGUUCAGGUAAACGGUGAGCUUGCAGGGUUUUUCAGAAGGAAAGGGGGUUACGACAGGCUUUGUGCUGCUUUUCUUUGGUCAGGUCCUGAUUUGAACGCAAAGAAAGCAAAAAUAGCUUGGACUGAUGUAUGUAAACCAAAGGCAGAAGGUGGUUUGGGUUUGAGAUCUAUUACUGAAGCGGAUAAUUUAAUGAAUCAUCAUCUCUUGGCUCCUGGAUGUGGAAAAAGCUUGUUAAGUACAGAGAGGUGGCAGCCUCUAUUACAAAAUCGGAGAUUCGCAACGGAGCCUCAACUUCUUUUUGGCAAGCUCAUUGAUCUCACAGGUACCCGAGGCUCCAUCGACUUUGGCAUUCCGCUUCAUGCAUCUGUCAAAGCAGCUUUGCUAACGCAUAGACGUAGACGCCAUAGAGUAGCUGUUUUAAACUCCAUUGAGGAUGUUAUAGAAAACCAACGGCAACAAGGAACUCUAGAAGGAGAAGAUGUUUUUUUGUGGCGCAAAAAAGGGAACAAGUUCAAACGAGUUUUCAGUACAAAUAGCACAUGGCUUUUAACUCGUACAGCACAGCCUAUAAAAGAAUGGUACCAAGGCAUUUGGUUCUCAUAUGCCACUCCUAAGUACUCUUUUCUUACAUGGCUUGCUAUACGCAAUCGACUUUCUACGCUUACAAAGCUGGAAUGUAGGAGCUUCCCCUGCGUGCAUCCUCUGUAA